UUUUGGUGUGUAUGUGUGUGUCUUCUUUUUAGAGCUGACAUUGGUUAUGAUGACUCUAAUGACGGAGGAGAUGAUCUUAGCAACCCUAAGUGUGAAGCAUUGGAAAACCAAGCGUCUUUUGCACAGCCGGUUAUAGUUCAGCCAGAGAUCGACAUCGAGACUGCCAAGAAAUUGUCCAGUUCUCCAGAGUCCACCAGGACUUCCUCCACAGCAGGAUGUCCUCAGUCCACUUCAGAUACUCCCCUCGGAGAACAACUUGCACUUGAGUCAAUGUCAUCCAAUAAUUUACCACAAACAGAAGAGUCUGGACUUCAGCCAUUAACUCUAUCUAUCCCCCAGUCACGUUCAACACAGCAGUUCUCUGAGCCACAAGAUCAAGUCUAUAAUGUUGGCCCUUCCUUGGCCCUUCCCCUUCCUGCAGUCCUCAUACACCAUUAUGAUCACCCAGAAACAACCAAGGAUGAAUUUGAGGAUUCCAGUAAACCUGACCAAUUCCUUCAUUCACAGAAGGAUGAUUUCCACACUGAGAUGUUAGCACAAGUGCCUUUCGAGUUAAGCCAACCAUCACUGGCUGGGUUUCCAGACAUGCCACACAUCCUGGAAGAAGGUAUGAAGAAUGUUAAGGUGAAGGAAGAUGUUGUAGAAAAGGAUGCCACAUUGGCAGAUGUGCUAGAAGAACCAAGUAGGAAUGUAGAAGAAGAUAAAACAGGGACUUGCUUUCACAUGUUGGAAGAAGCCAAGCAGCCUCCUUCAUCAAAGGAGGUAAACAAUGCAACUAAAGAUGUGGAGAAGCUCAAUUUAUCAGAGGGAUUACAGCACCCCCUGGAGGAAGGAAUUCAAGAACACAAAGUAGAACUUGUCUCUUCGGUCCGAGUCGAUACCAUCAAGACGAUUGAGGUGGAAAGUACCAAGAUGGAUGAUGAGGAAACAGAUGGUUUGGAGGCUUCCUGUUUGUUCCCAUCUCAUUUAGGUUCCACAAGACCGGACAAAGAAUCCCAAAGUUUACUCAUCCAUCCAGACUCUGAUAAGCCGGCAAACAUGAAACAUCAGCAAGAGGAAGAACUUGUCUUGGAUCCGAGCAUGUUGGCCUCAGUCCACCCUGAGGAUCCAAAACUUGAUAACCAAACUAUUACAAUGUGUAUUCCAGAGCAUCCAACAAGCAAACCAGAAAAGCCAGAGCUGACCAGCAUUUCUGAAACAUCACCAACAGCCUUCGAUCUUCAGUCUUCAACCGUUAACUCUUCAGCAGAAGAUAUCACUUUUAAGGGUGAUGAAACGUCUACUGCUCCAUAUCAGAUAUGUAAAAACCCUGAAACCCAGCACACACUGCCAAGACCCGGCACUGAACUAUCUCAGAUAUCAAAGGAUCCGACUGAGGGUUCUCUGGACACGUGUCUGAUGGUCUCCGCGACCUUCUUCAGUGCUGUGAUUUGCCUGGCUGUUGGGAUUCAAGAGCCCAGUGCGUUUCUGUGUGUGGGAUUAUUCCUGUUGUCCCUCUGGUUCUAAGUUCUAUGCCAGUUGAAUUUCCCCUCCAUCUGUUUCUUCUACAAAGCCUUAAGACUUUACCUUCUUCCUCUUCCCCCAGUGCCUUGAGGAAUUCCAAAAAAAUAUUUACAUGCAAUCAGAUCUGGUGUUUGUGGUAUUAGAGUGAGAGUUAGUGUUUUCAAAUUUAGGAGUUGAGAUUUUGCUUGACGUAUACAGUAGUUUAUCAUUCAGAUUGCCAGUAUAAAAACUGCAGUGGUUUAUUUGCAACCAAAAAUAAGUUUGAAUAAGCAAUGUGUGUUUUAGCUGAAUGACGUCACUGUGCACCUCAUACAUGAUUGGCCAUUGGAAUGUGGCUCAGCUCAUUGAUUCAUACUUGCCAAAAUGUGUCUAUUUUGUGAGUUUCUCUCUAUAUAUGCAUACAGUAGCUACUGAAGAUUGCAUUUGGCUCUUUUAUGGGUGUCACUUUUGAGUGGAAUGACUUGACGGUGCACGUAUGUGGAUUUAUGUGUGAUAAGAAAUGUGGGGAGACUGGACGAACGGUGCAGGUGAUUGCAGAGCAGAAAUUUAGAAAAGUUUGAGUUUCAAGUUUAGUUAAAUGUGAGGUUUUGCUUGUUCUCAGUGAGGAGUUAGUCUGUGUAGACGUCUACGAACUAAGCAGAGCAUUUAUGUAGGUAAGAAAUGUUCAAAGACACUUGCGUUUGUUUAUUCACUUAAUUUCACUGUGUUUGAUGUUGUAUGUGGUAAUUUUGUGACUUUGAUCAUACACAUUCUAUGAACUUAAAAUGAGUAAACAUGUUAAUCUUGGAGAGUAUGGCAUUUUACACCUCUGCUUCCUAAAGGGUU